AUGGAUUACGGCCAAUAUCAGCAACAAGGGCAAAACACAAACUCGGGUUACGCAAACUCAACUGCUGCCAACAACAUCACAUCACCAACGAACAUCUCCCAGCACCCAGUGCAGUCGUCACCCAUUAUCUCUUCCCAACAGCAAGGUCAAACUCAAGGUCACAGCAUGUAUCAGCCACCGUACGGAGUACCGCAGCAGGGUAUGCAGCAAGUUCAUUAUGGCAUGAAUGGUAUACAGGCGGCCGCAAUGGCGGCGACCGCUGCUGCCUCUGGUUCAAACUAUGGCUACAUGCCUGCGGAUCCCAACAUGCCUCAGAGCUCACCCCGCAUGGGCGCCAAUGCUAAGAAGGAUGGACGCCAAUCUCCUCGCAUGAACAGCAUGUCUCAAUUACCUGGACGUAGAAUGAGUCAGGUCACAAGCCCUGGCGUUCCUACUGCACCGAUGAUGACCCAUGCCGGCACGCGUCCAGGCGUCGCACCACCGCAGAUGCCGACCGCACAGAUGCAACAUCCGCAAUCGCCUGACAUGCCGGCCGCUAGCGGUGCAGAAGAAUCGCCGCUAUACGUGAACGCUAAGCAAUUCCACCGUAUUCUCAAGCGCCGCGUUGCCCGCCAAAAGCUCGAGGAACAACUGCGACUGACCUCCAAAGGACGCAAGCCAUACCUUCACGAGUCACGACACAACCACGCUAUGCGAAGGCCCCGUGGCCCUGGUGGUCGCUUUCUUACAGCCGAAGAAGUUGCGGCCAUGGAACGCGAUGGCGAGAAAGGUGCCGAUGGAAAAGACAACUCUGCUGGAGAGAACUCAGGAAGUGCGGGAACAAAGCGCAAGUCUGAAGCCGGCUCGGCAACCUCGAAUAAAAAAGCUAAGACGGACACAGCGAGCCCAGGGGACGAAGAAGAUGAGGAUGAUGGUUAG